AUGGUCAUCUGCCACCUUCCUUCUUCAGGUUUCAGGAACUGCCCUCCGCCCUACACCCACGUCCUCGGCGAGUGCUUUUACAUCCACAUGUACAUCCCCCUCCUGACGUGGAAGGAAGCGCAGACCUUCUGCAAGCAGGCAGGAGGCAUCCUCGCUGAGCCCAAGCACUUCGGAGCAGUCGUGGCUCAACUGUACAACAGCGGAAUGGCCGAAAAAAUCUUCCGAGGCAUCUUCAACCGCCUGUGGGUCGGCGGAGAACGGGUCAGCCCCAACAGCACCGAAUUCAAGUGGACCUCCGGUCGUACCAUCGACGACCCCGUCUCUGGACUGGACCCAGUCUACGACGACGGGCCAGGCGACUGCGUCAUGCUGACGAUGUACAAGGACGGGCCGUUCGAACUGAAGGCCAAGGACUGCCAGAUCAAGACGCAUUACGUCUGUCAGUUGCCCUAG